CUACCUAGGGUUCUUGGAGUAGGGCAAAUAUUUUGGGAUAGAUGACCCAAUGGCGCUGUGUCUCCUCUCCACGAUCUUGGCGACAUCGCGAUCGGAGGGCCUGCUCGCGUCUCUAGUAGAUUCCGGCGACCUGCUAGCCGAUCCAUCGAGCAGCGAUGGCGCAGCGCCUCCUUCACAGGUGAGCAAUGAUCCAAAGGGCUGCCUCGCGUUUGCUCGCUCCAAUGGCCAGCACGGGGUGCUCUACUACCUUGUUAUGCUGCUCCCGGUGCUGGCUUUCACGGUCUUUCUCAUCGCUCGCGCUCGCAAAUGCGUCAAGAAGCUCCUCCAGAGCCAGUCGCCGAUCAUGGCCACUUACUAUGCUUGCCUCUGGAUCAUCUCGAUUCUCAACAUCUUGUGGUGCGUUCUCGAGAUGAAGCAUUCCAGCAGCACGUCUUGGAAUCUCAUCUCACUGCUCACUCGAUUCGGUAUGGUGCUACUGGAAGUCAGUGUGGUGGUGUUCUUAUCGCAGGGCUAUCUCACCAGUACAUGGGAUGCUCUCGUUCGCACUCUCACUUUCUCUGGAUUCGUCGCAGCGAUUGAUGCAUUGAUCAAGGCAAUUCUCAUCUUCCGGUUCGGUAUACCAUUGUUCGUGGCAGGAAGUGAUGCAGGGGACUGGUCCAAAUGGAGCUUUUGGUUCCUCCAUUCCCUCGUCUUUUCAGGCGUCUACUUCUUCAUCCUGGUUCUCCCUUUCACGAGAUGGCGAGAUCACUUACCGGCGAGGCCGGCGUUCUAUAACUACGUGCUCGUUUUGUUUGUUUUAAACAUGUCGCGUUCCCUGGGAAGCUUUAUCCUCGGAUGUGGAUCGGAAUUCGGCUACUGCAUCUAUAGCUUCACAAACUAUGCGUACUACGCGUUCUAUCCGCCUCUCUUGUAUCUCACGUUCCUUGCCGACUAUUUCAAAGAAGAAGCGUUCCAACUCGAGGAUGUAUAUUACUCGGAAAUGAAAGACGCGGGCUACUUCGACGCUGACUGGGACUGAAAAGCUCAAAAUUUUGGGCCUGUAGAAGAAUACAAAUACUAAAGCUCGAUGGUACAUACAUACGUU